AUGCCGGCCGCACCUUCCACCUCAUCGAUGGUGUCUCGGCGCAGCUCCUUCUAUGAUCGACACCGACGCACCGACUCCAGCGGUUCUUCGAGCUCUUCGAGUCUCGACUCUGGAUUGGCGUCUAGCGCGACCAGCAUGACGAGCUCUUCGAGUGCAGCAAAAGGACAAGCGGCAAAGGCGAAGUCCUCCGCCUCAUCGCACCGGGCCUCGCCCCGCACUCAAGCUCAUCAAUACAAUGCGGUUGCUUCUGCGGCAUCUACCGCCGCCAAGCGCGCUGCUUCGUCUGCCAGCAAAGCGUCAACUUCAGCGGCAAAGCUUGGUGCAGAAGCGUUCAAAGCUGAGGCAAGGCCCAUUGUCAACGAUAUGGAGUACUACGACGAGGCUCUCAAACACAUGCAUCACAUGGAGGUGAGUCGAGCGUAGCAAUCGUUACGGUCCCCCAACAUCUUGCUCAUCAUCACGGCUCCUCCCUUCUAGCUGGCAACCUUGCCCAACGUCGACUUGAUGGACGCUCAACCCGAGCUUCGAUGGUACAUGCGCCCAUACCUCGUCGACUUCAUCAUCGAGAUCCACCAAACUUUCCGACUUCGCGCCGAGACGCUCUAUCUUACGAUGAACAUCGUGGACCGCUACGUUUCCACUCGAAUCGUCUACAAACGUCACUACCAGCUGGUCGGUUGCGCCGCACUUCUCAUCGCUUCCAAGUUCGAAGACGCCAAAGACCGCGUACCUCGCGUAGAGGAGCUCAGCCAGAUGUGCGGCAGCGCAUAUGACGAGUCGGCCUUCACUCAGAUGGAGGGACACGUCUUGCAGGCAAUCGGAUGGACGCUCGGCUUCCCCUCUCCGGAAGCGUGGCUUCGAGCCUCGUGCUUGACAACACGCGAGGAUCCCACCGUGCAAAGCGUAGCCCGUUUCUUUAUGGAAUUGUCGCUCUACCCUCGCGAAUUCCUCGGUGUGCUACCAUCGCUGCUUUCUGGCGGCGCCGUCAUGCUUGCUCGCUACAUCUGCGGUCAAGAGCCGCGCGCUCUUCAAGAUGCUGAGGAGGCAGCGGCGGCAGCUCAGCUUCUCGACUGCUAUCUGCGUGCCAACUACUCUGCUCUCAGCCAGAUUCUCGUCAGGAAGCACGGUCAUGCACACAACUUCGGUGCUUCUGCCGUCGUCAUCAAGUACUACACCAACAUCGUCAAGCAGGAACGCUUGUUGAGCGAUGGUUUGGCCAGCGAAGUCGUGACAUCUUCGACAAAAGCAUCGCCCUGCAACCUCAGCAGCGGGGGUGUACGCAACCUGGGCACCCCUCGCCGUGAAACCUCUGCUGGCAUGUCCUCUGCGAUGGUCGAAGAUGAAGAUGACGACGUGUCUAUGCGCUCUUGCUCUGCAUCGCCGUCGUGCAUGUCGCACACACCUAUUCGUGGCGGCAAUGAGGUUGAUGAUGAAGACGACGAUGACGACGACAUGCCAGUCACGCCACUCUCCCUCAAUUCUUUGCACGAUCCAUUGAUCGCAGCCGGUGCCCAAGAGCGGCUUUCGGCUCCCAGCAAAGAGCACUCGACACAAGACGCGCAAGGCAAGGAGAACAACCAUAAGGCUUUCCAGCACCAUUCGCACGCCAUUCCUCCUCCGGCUCAACCGGUCUUUGUGCACUCCUCCGCCGCACCAUCGCGUCCUGCUUUGGUGCAACAGGAUGUCAACGUGUGCGGGGCCUAA